AGAGGAAAUUCAAAUAUGGGAGGUUGCUGCAGUGCGAAUAUGGAAUUUGAAGGAGACGUGGUGGAGGAGGAGGAAGAAGAAGAAUAUGACAAGGAAGAGGAGGUGAAUGAUGCACGUGAGGGAGACUUCGGAGAGCUUGUUAGGUUAAAAGGGUUCUCCGAGUAUACAUCCAUGUUCACACAGAAGGGGAAAAAAGGGAUUAAUCAAGACUCUAUGACCAUAUGGGAGGAUUUCAGCGGUGAAAAAGAUGAGAUUUUCUGCGGUGUGUUCGAUGGUCAUGGUCCCCUUGGUCACAAGGUCUCAUGCCACGUUCGGGAUGCUCUGCCAUCAAAACUAUCUUACUUAUUGAAAGAACCCGAAAUGGUUGACUAUUAUUCUUCUUCUUCCGACGAGGACGAGGACGCCGAUCAUGUUGAUAGUAGUCAUAAUGAGGCUAAUACCCAAAACAGCUUUUCAUCGUUCAGUUUAUGGAAGAAGUGUUUUGUUAAGGCUUUUAAGGAGAUGGAUAGAGAACUCUACCUGGAUUCCACCGUCGAUUCCUUUUGUAGUGGCAGCACAGCUGUAACCGUUCUUAAGAAGGGAGAGCACUUAAUAAUCGCGAAUUUGGGGGAUUCGCGUGCAGUUCUGUGCACUAGAAACCAGAAAAAUCAACUCGUCCCCGUCCAACUUACAGUUGAUCUAAAACCAAAUCUUCCUGGUGAAGCUGAAAGGAUUAGGAGCUAUAAUGGAAGAGUUUUCGCUAGGGAGGAGGAGCCCGAUGUGUAUAGAUUGUGGAUGGCGGACGAAGAUUGUCCUGGCCUUGCCAUGUCAAGAGCUUUCGGCGAUUUCUGCCUGAAAAAUUUUGGCCUCAGUUCUACCCCAAAAGUUUCUUAUAGAGAGCUCGCCGAGGAGGAUGAAUUUGUUGUCUUAGCAACAGAUGGGGUAUGGGAUGUUUUGUCAAAUAAGGAGGUGAUAAAGAUAGUUGCAUCCGCUGGGAAGAGAUCCAUGGCAGCUAAGUUGCUGGUGCGUCGAGCUAGUCGAGCCUGGAAAUUCCAACACCCUACAGCAAAGGCUGAUGAUUGUGCAGCCAUUUGCCUCUUCUUCAAAUCGUCGUCUUCUGUCGUCAGGAAUUCCUGGCCAAAAAUGACACUAAGGAGAACAGACAUUGUGAGUCAAAAGAAAUUGAAAGCUGCUCCAGCAAGACAUGCAGGCCAUGAGACUACAAAGACAAAACCCCAAACGACUGCAGAAGCAUCGUCAGAGGAGGAGUGGAAUGCUCUUAAAGGUGUCAGUAGAGUGAAUAGUAUAGUGAAGCUUCCUCGAUUUUCAAGUGUAAAGAGUGGGAAAAAAACCUCUCGUGAUCAGAAUGGACAAGCUAUUUGAAUUUUGAGUUAUUCAAAGUCUUUAAUUGCC